AUGACUGAGAAUUCACAAUCAUCUACGCCUACGCAGGAUAGUGGCACAUCUACACCGGGCUCCAGUAGUGCGGGAGAUGCACCCGCAACUGAGUUUAAGGUGUACAAGCCUCCAAACUCAUCAACCACCAGCGCUCCUCUAGAAGAACUGCCAGACUCCUACUUCACCCCAUCUCCUGCUGACCUGAAGGCUGCUCAAGCAACAUUAAGCGCCCGGACACGAUCACUAGUUGAUGCACCGCUACAAGUACGAGCUCAGCGAGAGGCAGCAGAGAAGUCAAAGAGAGAUCGAUGGCCAAAUACAACGAUACGUGUCAGGUUCUCUGAUCGAACACAGCUGGAAAAGAUUUUUCCCUCUACGGACAAAAUUCGCUCCGUGUACGCAUUUGUGCGCUCGUCCCUCCGAGAUGAUGUAAAGCCUAUCAAGUUCAUCCUAUAUCAAUCUCCUCCCAAGCGCGACCUGAAGGUAUCAGACCCAAAUGUCCGCGAUUUAAGCUUGGCACAACUGCAGCUUGCCCCAUCAUCAGUCCUCCUUCUGCGUUUCGAAGACGAAUCUUUGAAUGGCACGAAUGUCCCCGCACCCCUAUUGCCAUCCAUUGCAGAAAGUGCCAUCGAGCUACCGAAACCCCCCAGUGCUGAAGCCGAUCCUCGCAAGGUAGAGAAGUCUGCUACACCUCCCACAACGUCGACCACAAGUACCGGGAAAAAGAUACCGAAGUGGUUGAAGGCAGGUCUAAGUACGCGGCUUGCUUUGUUGGCUUUCCGUUUCUCAUAUUCAUUCCCAGGAAAGUGA